AUGAUGAUAACUGACGAAUAUUUGAGUCCCUACAUGAAGGAACAAUUCGCCAAACUCGGUAAAAAAUGUCAACAAGAGACUGUUGUUCAGACUUUUAAUGGUAAAAGUCUUUUUCUUUUGACCAGUCUCGCCAAAUUUUACCUCGAAAUCGGUUUGAAAAUAACAAAUAUAACAUCUUUCACACAAUUUCGCGCUACAACAUGCUUGAAAGACUACGUGGAUUCAAUCACAAACGGUCGGGUAAAUGCAAUCGUAAACGGCAAAGACUCGCUUGCGCUUGCUUUCAAAACAAUUGGAAAUUGCGGAGGUUUUGGAAAGGCAAUAGAGCAAGUUGACCGACCAAAUAUGAAGUACAAUGACGAGAAACAGCUUAUGCGAUCUAUUGUUAAGCCAACAUACAAAUCUUCAGAACCUCUUUGUCAGGAGAAUGGCGAGUACACUAUUUCAGAAGUCACUUUUGAUAAAAUGAAAAUCAAAGACGAUAAGCCAACUGUAAUGGGCGUUGCCAUUUUACAGAACUCUAAAUUACACUUUCUCACAUUUGUAUACAAUUUUCUUCAUAAGUACUUAAAGCCUGGAUCCUACAAACUUAACUAUUGUGAUACCGAUAGUUUGGCGAUCUCCUUUACUCGAAGCCGUGAAUGUGAAGAUAGUAAUCGAUCACUUAUGGAAGCCACCUUUUUACCCUGCGUUCGAGAGGAGCUAAAAGAUGAGUUUUUACAAGAAUGGCACAAAUGGCUUGUCCUUGAAAAUACAACCUUGAACGAAAAAACACCUGGACUUCUUAAAAAAGAAUGGUAUACAGACGACGGUGCUCUCGUCUGUUUGGGGAAUAAAAUGUACAUAGGCUACGAUAAAAAGGAGACAAAGCGCUCGACCAAAGGAGUUCCACACGCCGUAGAACUGAGGUUGACAGAAUUUUUGGAUUGCCUUUAUGGAACUGAAAAAUCAAACAACUCAUUUACAUUACGAAUGCUGAGAUCAACAUCUGAUAAUAUUGUGAAAAGAGUUUCGAUUGAAAAAAUUUUACUGUCAAACAUUUUUGUUAAAAUGCGUGUGCAAUCAGACGGAAUCACUUGCGAACCACUCACCCUUAACGGUAAACCACUCUAA